AAGCUGGAACUAAAGGACUGUCCGGAUACUUUUGGACACGCAGUCAGAGAGCCUCUGUUAUCACGUGGAAAUUUUAUUAUCUAUUUAUUUAUUAAUUUAUUAAUGCAUUGACUGAUCAGUCAAUUGAUUGAUUUAUUUGACUUGUGAUACUCAUUUCUGAACUCGCAAUUCAACUCGUGCGCGCGCGCUCACUGCAGCAUCCGCGCGCCUCCGGAGCAUCUCUUCAGCUCGAGUGAACAUGCCGCGCGCUCGGGUCUGCUGGCUCGUGCCGGUUUUGCUGGUGCUGGACGUGCUGGGGGUCCAGCUGGUGGUCUCGGACCGCGGGGACGCGCUUUCGGGCAGCAUGUUCAAACUGUACGAGAAGUUCAGCAAGGAGCCGCGCGGGCACGCGCACGAGAACACCGUCAGGAGUUUCAGAGCAGCCGCAGUGUCCUCCAACAGCGACAUCCUUUUUCACUUCAACCUGACCUCCAUCCCUGAUUCAGAGGCGAUCCUGUCCGCAAGCUUGCACUUCCUGGACCAGCACAGUCGCCAUCGGUCCUGGAGCUGCCGGCGUUCCCGGGGACCUUCAUGCCGUGUCCAGCACCUCCAUCCUUCGUCUCCUGUCCAGCUUGUUCUUCGAGGGAGUUUGGAAAACUCAGGUUCUUCUUCACCUUUGGGGAACAUCACACUUGCUCCUCACAGGAAAGGACCUUGGCAGGUGGCAGACGUGUCCUCGGCCAUUCAGGAGGCACAAGCUCGGAAUGACCUCAUGGUUUCAGUGGAGUUUUACUCUGGCGAGAGGAGGCAAGAUCGCUACUUGCCCAACAGCUUGCCUUACCUUCUGGUGUUCGCCAAUGACUUGGCCAUAACCGAGCCCAACAGCAUCGCCAUGAGCCUGCAGAGGUACAGCGCGUUACCUGCAGGGGAAGACCGAGAGACUAGACCACCCUUGGUGCCUCCAAGCUCCAGAAUCAGAAGAAGCACCAACCAUUUACAGGACAACUUCCUUCCAGACAUUCAGGACAAUGACCUGAAACACAAGGACCUGUGGUACAAUACUUACUUUGCUCUGAAGCCCAAACCCCUGCCGCGUAGCAAGAGCGACAGACCAGGCCACGAGGUCAAGCACAGAGGGGGCUCGUCUCAGGAGCUAAGCUUUGAUGAGAGGACCAUGAAAAAGGCCCGUCGUAAACAGUGGAGCGAGCCCCGAGUCUGCGCCCGGCGCUACCUGAGGGUGGACUUUGCAGAUAUUGGCUGGAGCGAGUGGAUACUGGCCCCGAAAGCAUUUGAUGCGUACUACUGCGCAGGAACCUGUGGAUUUCCCAUGACCAAGGUUGUUCACCCCUCCAACCAUGCCACCAUCCAAAGCAUCGUGAGGGCCGUGGGGAUCGUUCCUGGCGUUCCAGAGCCUUGCUGCGUCCCUGAGAAGAUGAGUCCGCUUGCAGUGCUGUUCCUGGACACCAGUAGGAACAUGGUGCUGAAGGUCUACCCCAGCAUGUCUGUGGACACUUGUGCUUGCCGAUAAGAAGACCAAGAGCCUGAACAAACUGUGUUAAAGAGACCGUGGACAAGCUAAAGGCAUGAUACGCCACCCGCUGCUCAGAUAAAGCAAUUUCAGACACAUUAUUCAGUGACUGAUCAUGGUUUUCUACACACAAAACCUCUAAACCUCAAAAACUGCUACAACAAAACCUUAUAAAUGCACAUUCCGGGUUUCCACUGUAUUUAAUACUGUCACUUAUUGUAAUGUGUAGUUAAAAUAAACAGCUAAGUUUUUAUUAAAGCCUCAGUAAGAAACUGCUAAAACAGAGCCAGGGCCUCAAUUACAGAUGUGCCGUAUGUUUGAUAUUGACUAACCAGCCAUAACAUUAAAACCAUGUGCCUAAUUUUGUAUAGGUCUCCCUUGUGCCACUAAAUUUAAUCUAUCACCAUGGCUAAUGUUAGCAGCCAAACUUUAAGGCCCUGUAAGACCAGGUUCAUGGAACACUGAUAAAAAAAUAGCCUUGUAUCAGAGGAAAAUCGGCAUUCAGUUGCUAUGUGUGAACUGCUGGAAGACAUGAUCUGACUGAACACCAAGUGAUCACCAGUGCUUCACCAGUAAGGUUAAAAUUGUUGUGACUAGAAGUUAUUGCAGCAAAUGAGAGCACAAGAUACAGGGUGAAGAGAAAGCCAAGGGUGGAUUUUUAGGGGUGGGACAAAAUAUCGAUAUCACUUGCUAUAUAUCGUAUCGUUUUUGUUUGCAAUACAUUAUCGAUAAGUGGAGACAAAUUCAAUAUAUUUUUAUGUUGAAGCAUAGGCACUCUAAACUCCUUAGAGCUUGCUCCCAAUUAGACUAACCAAAGUUACUGCUUCAUUACUCCAUAUGGUGGCGCUAUAAUCAAAUUAUUGCCAAACAGGGCAAACCUGUGGUGGAGAAUAUUAAUAGUUAAAUUCUGUGAAACUAAAACACCACUAAAUACACAAUUCCUGGUAUUUGCUUAUUUAGGAGAAUUUUAUCCUCUUCAGUAUCGUUGCCUUAUAUGUGUGAUAUAUUGAGUAUCGCAGAAUCGCAACAUCAUGAAAAUAUUGUAUUGUGAGAAGCCAUGUGAUUCCCACUCCUAGCGGGAUGUAUAUAAUAUUCUUGUCUUUUUCUUCUGUUUGUUUUUGCUGCAAAUUAAUGCAAAGACUUGUUUCAGGAGAGCAGACAGGCUGUAGAUGUGUAAAAUGGCUACAGGAGUCCAAUUUCCAAACACUGGAUAUAGUUUUCUGUUGCACCUUCUCCUCCCCAGAUGCAAAGCCAGAUGGACACACAUUGUCAAGUGACAACGAGUCUUAUUCUGUCGCUAAUCAGUGAAUAUAUUUGAUUCAGUGUCCAAAAUGUCCAUCACUACUACUCUAGUGGUCUUAAUAAAUUACCCAGCUGUGAUAAGCACCCUUCCUGAAGCUCAGUGAUUACCUGCUCACCUGUUUAUUUAUUUUAAAUAGCAGACAGAGAUGGCUUGUUCCUCCUGGUGAAAGAUCUUGUAAUUCAUGACCUUAUGUUGCUGAUAUGUUAUGUAGUGAGACCUACGUUAGCAUCAGUGAGCCUUGGCCACAAUUGAUCUUGUCCUUUCAACCAGUUCAGUGGUUGUCCUUUCUUGGAGCACGUUUGGUAGAUACUGACCACUGCAUACCAGGAAUAUCACACCAUGUUUUGGAGCUGUUCUGACCCGGUUGUUUAGCCAUAAUAUAUUUCUGCAUGUCUCAGAUUCUAAAUCUUAACCAUUUUCCUGUUUCAACUCAUCAUCCUUUUACCUGGCAGUGGUUUUAAUGUUAUGGUAUAUAUACGGUAUACAUAAAUGCAAAGGGGUUGUUUGUUUAGGUUUGGAAAGCUGUGUUUAAAAAUGUAUGUCACCUGCAGUUUUUGUUUUGGGCUUUAAUUGACUGUUAAAUAUUGUAAAUGAAAGGAAAUGAAUAUGUAGUAUUUUAACCCGUUUAAUAUUUUUUUCUGAUAAAUAUAUCUGUAAAUAAUCAAAA